UGAUCUCUUUGUGUGUGUGUGCGCGCGCGCGGGGUGUAGUGCAAGAGAGAAAAGAGAGAGAGAGAGAGGAGACGGGCGUCGUGCGUCGUGUGCACACUGCCAGUUUAACAAAAAGAAGGAAAAAAAGACGCAAAAAAAUACAUUUAAAUUGUUUUGGAACACCUCAAAAAAAGCUUCCAAGUAUUGAUUGGAGGAGGAAACUAAGCCUAAGCCCGGGAGUAACUGUUACUGUUUUCUUUUUUUUUUUUUUUUUUUUUUGGAAGGAAGCUGUUGUGAAUCAAGUUAGACAUCAAGACUGGGACGCCACGGAAAAAAAACAGCAAAACAAAUAACUUUAUAUUUAGUUAGCUCCACUGUUAGCUAACUAAAUUCAAAGUUUUUUGUUGGGCCGCUAUGUCUGGAAGCGAGGAUGACAGAGAUGACUUUGGAGCCCCAGAAGACCGGUUAAUGCACGAUGACGAGGAAGAGGAGAUCUCGGAGAAUGAAACUCCCAAGGUGAAGAAGAAGAAAAAGGCCAAGAAGAGCCGAGAGAGCAAGAGCAGCAAGAGGCGUUCCCGCAGAGAGGAGUUGGCCAUCAGCUCCCCAGAGCCCAUGGAUGUUGGCGGGGUGGAGGAGACCGAGGACGGCGGCCCGGGUCAGCGCUCGGACAGCGAGGGCAGCGACUACACUCCAGGACGCAAGAAGAAGAAGAGAGCCAGCAGCGGCAAGGACAAAAAGAGGAGCAGUGCCGGAGCUGAGCGGAGCGCCGCCGCCUCCUCUUCGGCCUCCAAGAGGAAAGACCCGGAGCCCGAGGAAGAGGAGGAGGAUGACGAUGAUGACAGCUCGGAGCCCAAGACCUCGUCCCAGCUGCUGGAUGACUGGGGCAUGGAGGACAUCGACCACGUCUUCACUGAGGAAGACUACCGCUCUCUUACCAACUACAAGGCCUUCAGCCAAUAUGUCAGGCCUCUAAUAGCAGCCAAGAACCCCAAAAUCGCCGUGUCCAAGAUGAUGAUGGUCCUGGGGGCCAAGUGGCGCGAGUUCAGCACCAACAACCCGCUGAGGGGCGCCGCUGCUGCAAACGCCGCCCUCGCUACUGCCAACGUGCCGGCUGCCGUCGACACCAUGGUGUCCGAGGUGGCUCCGGCCACUGUGGCUGCCCCGGCUUCCGUUGAGCCCACCCCACCUCCAGCACCGCCGCUCCGCAAGGCCAAGACCAAGGAAGGCAAAGGUCCCAAUGCCCGCAAGAAGUCCAAACCGGCGCCCAAACCUCAGGAGAAGAAGAACAACGCCAAGACCAAGAAAGUUGCUCCGCUCAAAAUCAAACUGGGAGGCUUCAACAGCAAGAGGAAACGCUCAUCGAGUGAGGAGGACGAGCCUGACGUGGACAGUGACUUCGACGACGGCAGCAUGAACAGUGUGUCCGUGUCGGAGGGAUCCAACAGCCGCAGCAGCCGCUCCAAGAAGAAGCUGUCCAAGAGCAAACCCAAGAAGAAGAAAGAGGCGGAGGACGGCGACGGCUACGAGACCGACCACCAGGAUUACUGCGAGGUCUGCCAGCAGGGCGGUGAGAUCAUCCUGUGUGACACGUGCCCCCGCGCCUACCACAUGGUCUGCCUGGACCCCGACAUGGAGAAGGCCCCCGAGGGCACCUGGAGCUGCCCACACUGUGAGAAGGAGGGCAUCCAGUGGGAAGCGAGGGAGGAGGGCUCCGACGCCGAGGAGGACAACGGGGAGGCGGGCGAGCCGGAGGAGGACGACCACCACAUGGAGUUCUGCCGGGUGUGCAAGGACGGAGGAGAGCUGCUGUGCUGCGACUCCUGCCCGUCCUCCUACCACAUCCACUGCCUGAACCCGCCGCUGCCAGAGAUCCCCAACGGAGAGUGGAUCUGCCCCCGCUGCACGUGUCCGCCCAUGAAGGGGAAGGUACAGAAGAUCCUGACAUGGCGGUGGGGCGACCCCCCUGCCCCCACGCCGGUGCCCCGCCCCCCAGAUCUGCCGGCUGACGCUCCCGACCCCGCCCCGCUGGCAGGGCGGCCCGAGAGGGAAUUCUUCGCCAAGUGGUCCAACAUGUCGUACUGGCACUGCUCCUGGGUCACCGAGCUGCAGUUGGAGCUGCACUGCCAGGUGAUGUUCAGGAACUACCAGAGGAAGAACGACAUGGACGAGCCUCCGCCCAUCGACUUUGGUGGCGAGGGCGAGGAGGACAAGAGCUCCAAGAGGAAGAACAAGGACCCGCUGUACGCCCAGAUGGAGGAGAAGUACUACCGCUUCGGCAUCAAGAUGGAGUGGCUGAUGAUCCACCGCAUCCUCAACCACAGUGUGGACAGGAAGAACAACGUGCACUACCUGAUCAAGUGGCGGGAGCUGCCGUACGACCAGGCCACCUGGGAGUCGGAGGACAUGGAGAUCCCGGAGUUCGACACCUAUAAGAUGCAGUACUGGAACCACAGGGAGCUGAUGAUGGGCGACGAUGGUAAACCAGGAAAGAAGAUGAAAGUCAAAGGAAAGGUGAGGAGGCUGGACCGGCCUCCUGAUAUCCCCACGGUCGAUCCGACCAUCAAGUUUGAGCGUCAGCCAGAGUACUUGGACAGCACAGGCGGGACGCUGCACCCCUACCAGCUGGAGGGGCUCAACUGGCUGCGCUUCUCCUGGGCGCAGGGCACCGACACCAUCCUGGCCGAUGAGAUGGGUCUGGGCAAGACCGUGCAGACCGCCGUCUUCCUCUACUCGCUCUACAAAGAGGGUCACUCGAAGGGUCCGUUCCUGGUCAGUGCGCCGCUCUCCACCAUCAUCAACUGGGAGAGAGAGUUUGAGAUGUGGGCGCCCGACAUGUACGUGGUGACCUACGUCGGCGACAAGGACAGCCGAGCCGUCAUCAGAGAGAACGAGUUCUCCUUCGAGGACAACGCCAUCCGAGGAGGGAAGAAGGCCUCCAGGAUGAAGAAAGACUCGUCGGUGAAGUUCCACGUCCUGCUGACCUCCUACGAGCUCAUCACCAUCGACAUGGCUGUGCUCGGCUCCAUUGACUGGGCCUGCUUGGUGGUGGACGAGGCCCACAGGCUGAAGAACAACCAGUCCAAGUUUUUCCGGGUGUUGAACAACUAUCCUCUGCAGCACAAGCUGCUACUGACCGGCACACCCCUGCAGAACAACCUGGAGGAGCUUUUCCACCUGCUCAACUUCCUCACGCCCGAGAGGUUCAGUAACCUGGAGGGCUUCCUGGAGGAGUUUGCCGACAUUGCUAAGGAGGACCAGAUCAAGAAGCUUCACGACAUGCUGGGGCCUCACAUGCUGAGGAGGCUGAAGGCUGACGUCUUCAAACACAUGCCCUCCAAGACCGAGCUCAUCGUCCGAGUGGAGCUCAGCCCCAUGCAGAAGAAAUACUACAAGUUCAUCCUGACGCGAAACUUUGAAGCGCUGAACACCAGAGGAGGAGGCAACCAGGUCUCGCUGCUCAACGUCGUCAUGGACCUCAAGAAAUGCUGCAACCACCCCUACCUCUUCCCCGUGGCUGCUAUGGAAGCUCCAAAGAUGCCCAAUGGGAUGUACGACGGCAGCGCUCUCACAAAGGCUGCUGGGAAACUACUGUUGCUGCAGAAGAUGCUGAGGAAGCUGAAGGAGGGAGGACACAGAGUCCUCAUUUUCUCUCAGAUGACCAAGAUGUUGGACCUGCUGGAGGACUUCCUGGAGAACGAGGGCUACAAGUACGAGCGGAUUGACGGAGGAAUCACCGGCAGCAUGAGACAGGAAGCCAUCGACCGCUUCAACGCUCCCGGCGCUCAGCAGUUUGCCUUCCUGCUGUCGACGAGGGCCGGAGGUCUGGGCAUCAACCUGGCCACCGCCGACACCGUCAUCAUCUACGACUCCGACUGGAACCCUCACAACGACAUCCAGGCCUUCAGCAGAGCUCAUCGUAUCGGUCAGAACAAGAAGGUGAUGAUCUACCGCUUCGUCACCAAGGCCUCCGUGGAGGAGAGGAUUACUCAGGUCGCUAAGAAGAAGAUGAUGCUGACCCACUUGGUGGUCCGUCCCGGUCUGGGAUCCAAAACGGGCUCCAUGUCCAAACAGGAGCUGGACGACAUCCUCAAGUUCGGAACGGAGGAGCUGUUCAAGGAUGAGGGAGAGGGCGAGAACAAGGAGGAGGACAGCAGCGUUAUUCACUACGACGACAAGGCCAUCGACCGUCUGCUGGACAGGAACCAGGACGCCACCGAGGACACGGAGAUCCAGAGCAUGAACGAGUACCUCAGCUCCUUCAAGGUGGCUCAGUACGUGGUGAAGGACGAGGAGGAGGCGGAGGAGGAGGUGCAGCGGGAGAUCAUCAAGCAGGAGGAGAGCGUGGACCCGGACUACUGGGAGAAGCUGCUGCGUCAUCACUACGAGCAGCAGCAGGAGGAUCUGGCCCGCAACCUGGGCAAAGGCAAACGCAUCCGAAAGCAGGUCAACUACAACGACGGCUCGCAGGAGGACAGGGCUGAUUGGCAGGAUGACCAGUCCGACGGCCAAUCAGAUUACUCUGUGGCGUCUGAGGAGGGAGACGAGGACUUCGAUGAGCGGACAGAAGCCAACUCCCGCAGGCCGAACAGGAAGGGCCUGAGAAAUGACAAGGACAAACCGCUGCCCCCCCUGCUGGCCAGGGUGGGAGGCAACAUCGAGGUGUUGGGUUUCAACUCCCGGCAGAGGAAGGCCUUCCUGAACGCGGUGAUGCGUUACGGGAUGCCGCCUCAAGACGCUUUCACCACCCAGUGGCUGGUCCGAGACCUGCGAGGGAAAUCUGAGAAAGAGUUUAAGGCCUACGUUUCUCUGUUCAUGCGGCAUCUGUGUGAACCCGGGGCCGACGGGGCGGAGACCUUCGCCGACGGCGUUCCCAGAGAAGGGUUGUCACGGCAACACGUCCUCACCCGCAUCGGUGUCAUGUCGCUCAUCCGUAAGAAGGUUCAGGAGUUCGAACACGUGAACGGUCAGUGGUCGAUGCCCUGGAUGGCCGAGCUGGAGGAGAACAAGAAGGCUGCAGCUCAGCCCGACUCGCCCGGAAAAACCCCGUCCACCGGCACGCCUGCCGACACCCAGCCCAACACGCCCGCACCCGUUGACGACUCCACAAAGAGCGAGGAGGUGGCGAAGGACGGAGAGAAAGAGGUGAAGAAGGAGGCGGAGGGAGAGAAGGAGAGCAAGGAGGCCAGCAAGACCAACGACGAGGUGAUCGCCAUCCCAGACGACGACGAGAAGAGCCCGCCAGCGGAGCAGGAGAAGAAGGAGGAGAAGAACGGCGAGGAGCCGAUGGAGACGGACAAACCCACCAACGGAGAGGCGGAGACCCCCAAGGAGAAGGAGGGAGAGAAAGAGAAGGAGAAGGAGACGGAGGGGGAGAGCGCCGAGAAGAGCGCCGAGGGAGGAGAGGAGAGCAAGACGCCGGCAGCAGAGGCCAAGACGGAAGGGUCAGAGGUCAAAGCAGAAGAGUCGGAGGCCAAAGUAGAGGAGAAGAAAGAAGAGAAGACGGAAAAGAUGGACACCACUCCUCCUGCUGCAGAAGAAAAGAAAGAACAAAAGGAGGAGAAGGAGGCGGUGAAGCCGGAGGAGGGCGCCAAACUGCAGAACGGAGACAGCAGCAAGGAGGGCGGAGCCUCAGCGGGCGCGGCCGCAGGGGGAGGAGCCAGCGAGGAGAAGAAGAAGGCCAAGACCAGGUUCAUGUUCAACAUCGCUGAUGGAGGAUUCACAGAGCUCCACUCUUUGUGGCAGAACGAGGAGCGUGCUGCCACGGUUACCAAGAAGACCAAUGAGAUCUGGCACCGUCGCCAUGACUACUGGCUGCUGGCUGGCAUCAUACAACACGGCUACGCCCGCUGGCAGGACAUCCAGAACGACGUCAAGUACGCCAUCCUCAACGAGCCUUUCAAGGGAGAGAUGAACCGAGGCAACUUCCUGGAGAUCAAGAACAAGUUCCUCGCCAGGAGGUUCAAGCUGCUGGAGCAGGCCUUAGUGAUUGAGGAGCAGUUGCGUCGCGCCGCCUACCUCAACAUGUCCGAGGACCCCUCCCACCCCUCCAUGGCCCUGAACACCCGCUUCAGCGAGGUGGAGUGUCUGGCCGAGUCGCACCAGCACCUCAGCAAGGAGUCCAUGUCUGGAAACAAGCCGGCCAACGCCGUCCUGCACAAAGUGCUGAAGCAGCUGGAGGAGCUGCUGAGUGACAUGAAGGCUGACGUCACUCGCCUCCCGGCAACCAUCGCCCGGAUACCGCCAGUCGCCGUGCGGCUGCAGAUGUCAGAGAGAAACAUCCUGAGCCGACUGGCCAGCCGAGGGCCAGAGACACAGACACAACAGAUGUCACAACAGUAGCCUGAACCUCGGCUCGCCCCUCCCCUUUACCUCGUAAACCCCGCCCCUGCCUCACCUCGACAUUCCUGAUUGGUGCACAGCAGAUGACGGACGACUCACCCAAGCUUGAAGCCACGCCCACUUCACCCACCCCCCCCAAAACAGACUGUGCAGAGUUUCUAGACAAUUGAAACCUUUCCUGCCCCCCCUCCUCCUCCCCAAGUAUGAGGCUGUGGACAUAAAAGCUAUUUUAUUUUUUUCCUCCUUUUUUCAAUUUCUGUAUUAAUAUUAUUGAUAUAAUGUUAUUAUGAUGGUUUUUUGGGACCUAAAUAAAAAAAUGUAAUAAAGAA